CGCACUCGAACCCAUGGCGGUUAUUAGGCGGCUCGGAGCGGGACUCUUGAAAAUCCAAACAGUCGCCGUGGACGUUUGUCAGCGUCGAGGUGCAGCGGUAACAAUGUCUGAGGCUUUGUGUGUUUUGUUUUCCUCGCGCUAGAGUCGGUGUGUUGUCUAUUCCGAACGAAGGAGGCAGCCAUAUUGUUGCUCGGUCGUUUGUUGUCGUUUCUCCUCGAUGUGAACCAACGUUAAAGUUUCUCAUAUCGAGACGCUUGUGUAUUGACGUUCUCAUCUGUCGCUACAGUAAACCGACAAACACGCCACUGUCUGGUAACGUUAUCGACAGGGAACGAUACAUAACCCCCCCCCCCAAACUGCCAAGAUGCCUCCCAAGAAGCACCAUCUGAAGCCGACAGCCGCCAACGUCUCCAGCUCCCUGGACCUGGAGUCGGAGGACAUCAGCCUGGAGACCACGGUGCCCACCACCGAGGACGUGUCCUCAUCCGACGAGCAGCGGGGCGGCUCCCAGAAGGUGACCCGCCAGCAGAUCGAGAGGAGGGAGCUGCUGCACAACGUCCAGCUGCUGAAGAUCGAGCUUUCUCAGAAGAGCCUCAUCGUGGACAACAUGAAGGCGGACCACAUGUGCAAGGUGGAUGAGCUGGAGGAGAGGCUGAAUGAUGCUCUCCAUCAGAAACAGGUGUUGACCCUGAGGCUGGACAGUCAGCUGAAACUGGCCCAGGAGGAGAACAGGAAGCAGCAGACUCUGCGUAAGCAGGAGAUGGACGCCAUCCUGCUCAGGCAGCAGCAGCUCGAGGAGACCAACCGGCAGCUGUGUGAAAAGGCUGGAGAGCUGCGGAGGUCACUCAGGGAUCUGGACAUCUCUCAGGACAGGUUCCAGGAGCUCCGUGACCUCCCGGAGGACAGAAUGUCCAUUCAGGAAUACGUAGCUGUUCGUUUCUAUGAGGUGGUGACUCCUCUGAGGACUCAGCUGGCUGACCUCAGUGUGAAGAACAGCAGUUUGACUGAAGAGGCAGACAGACAAAGGACCCAGAUGAGGGCUUUGAUGGAGAGCUACGAGGAGGAACGGCGGCUUCGUGCUGAGCUGGAGUUGAGGAGCCAGAGAGUGACCCUGGAACUGGCCGAUACCAAACAGCAGAUCCAUGAAGGGGACUACCGCCGAGAGAACUAUCCAAACAUCAAACGAGACCGUGACCACUUCGAAACCGAACUGAAGGAGUUAAAGAGAAGAUUUGAGACUCUGGACCUGAGUCACACUGCACUGACCAGGGAAAGGGACACAUUCAGCAAAGAGGUGGCAACAUUGCAGCAGUCGGUGAAUCUCCUACAGAAAGACAAGGAGUACCUCCACAGGCAGAACCUGGAGCUGAGUGUUCGAUGUGCACAUGAAGAGGACCGGCUGGAGAGGCUGCAGGUACAAUUAGAAGACACAAAGAAUGCCAGGGAGAACACCUACGAGAAAUACGUAGCAUCCAGAGACCACUAUAAGUCUGAGUACGAAAACAAGCUAAGAGAGGAGUUGGAGAACAUCAGACUGAAAACAAGUCAGGAGAUUGACAACCUGCAGAGAACCUCCAGGGAGAUGUACGAGAGGGAAAACAGGAACCUGCGAGAGGCCCGAGACAACGCUGUGCUGGAGAAAGACAGAGCGGUGGCAGCUGAGAGAGACGCUCAGUCCAGAUAUGAUCAGCUGCUGGAACAGUUUCGGCAGCUCCAGCUGGGCACUGACAGCCGGGUGGCGGAGCUGUCUAACCAGGCCAAGCUGCACUCCUUCGAAGCCGAGCGCGCUCAGAUGGUCAAGGAGGAAACGGCCAAGGCCCUGGCCCAGUGCCAGGUGGAGUGUGAAAAGCAGCAGAAGAAACUGGAGCUCCUCACGCAGGAGUUUUACAGGCUGCAGACGUCAUCAGAGAAGCGGGCGGCGGAGCUGCAAGCCCAGAGUGCCGAGCAGGCCUCUCGCCUGGAGACGUACGAAAGACUUGAGCAAGAGUUGGACCAAGUGACCAUGCAGGCGGCUGAAAUUGAGAAUGAAGAGGAGGCCGAGAGAGUUUUAUACUCGUACGGCUACGGAGCCAACGUUCCCACGACGGCCAAGAGGAGACUUAAACAGAGUGUGCACCUGGCCCGCAGGGUGCUGCAGCUGGAGAGGCAGAACACGUCGCUGAGGAGGGAGCUGGAUAAACACAAGUCACAGACGGGACAGGUAUCUGAGGAGCUGUUGGCAGCCAACCAUCUGUUACAGCAGACGCAGCAGCCCUACAGCUACCUGAUAGAGACGGUGAGGCAGAGGGACGCACAGAUCAGCUCACUGAAGGAAUGUGUCGCCUCACUAGAGGACGACGUCAGCUCUCUAAGAAAAGAACGGACCGCCCUGCAGCAGGUGAAAAACAACAUGGCAUCGGACCUGGAGAGACUCCUCAACCAUCGAGAGGAGUUAGCGGUGAUGAAGCAGGUCAUGAUCAGCAUGCGGUCCAGACCGGGAGAUGCUCCUGACCCGUUGGAAACUGGGGUCAUGGCGUCUGCUGGGGGAAAACAGCAGGUUAAACGAAUCAACAGGACGACGGAGGAAGAGUCACCGAACAAACCCAAACCCACUGUGUUCACGAAAAAAGAAGCUCCUGGCUGGUACCAAAAGCAGAAGCAGAAACCCAAAUGAAAUUCAUUAAUUUUCACAUAGGGCUUUUUAACAAUUUUAGGUUUUAUCAGGGUGUUUUGUAUUUUAAACUUGUAAAUUACACAUUGAAAUAUAAAAGCAGAAACCCCUUUUUUUUCUGGUGUUUGAGUGUUUUGUUGUUCUCGGUCCUUGGUAACAUAUAAUAAAUUCUCCGCGUACUGGUCCAGAACCAGAGGUAGUACCUUCCACGGGGUACACAUUCCUCGAUAACUGACGGCCCAAAAAUUCCUUUGUGUUGGCAGUGGUGAGUUUUAUUAGGUCUGUCUAUCAUUAUUUCCUCAUCUUUCCCAGGUUUUGAAGAUACUGGUGGCCACAGACAAACAGCAUUGCGGGAACAUUAGCCUUUGAUUUGCACAAGCCGAGGCUCCUUUGGCUUUAAAUAUAGACAUAGCAGGCAUAGCUUUAUCAUUUCGGACCAUGUUCUUAUCGGUGUCAUAUUAAACAUGGCCAGAGGUCUGACUGCCGGGGAGCUGGUUUCGCACUUUCCAUCAGUUUCUUUCUGAGUGAGAUUAUAACACUUAACAAUACGCCAGUUUAUUAUCUUGUUAUACAAACAAUACAUCAGAAUUUGCUCAAACAGUGCUUGUCACCUUUAUCCAUUCCUGUACACACUGAAAUGUAUGUCAUUUAUUUGCAGUCCCCUUUUAUCUCUGAGUUGCUCAUAAAAAACUGCACAAGAUGUGAAAAACAUGUGAUUUCUGUGCUUUGUGAAUAACGUUGACACCUGGCGUCCCCUGUGUUCAUAUAUGACUCCUCACUAUCAAAUAUGAAAGAGGCACAAGACCAUAUUUGAUUAGGUUCAUUUUACUUCAGCCUGUUCAAACUGUUUAAUAAUUUUCCUCUGUGGUUCUGGAGGAACUUGACAAGGAAAAUAAAUAUCUCUGCACUGGCUGAGUAGAAAACCUGCAUUUACAAACUGGAGUUAUGGUCCAAAUAAUAUAUAUUAAUCUGACGUGGUCCACUUAUUUGCAUUUAUGUUUGCAAGUAGGCAAACACAUUUUGCAGAAUAAACAAUGCAGAGAACACUUGCAUUUAAGUUUAAAUUUGACCUAUUUUCUUAUUUCAGGUUAUAUUUAUUUAGAUUUAUUUGUGUUUUCUUUUCACUUAUAGUAUAUGAUUAAAC